AGCUUCUAUUGCGGCGUUGGAUAUAAACCGAUCAUAUCCGAAGUUCACGCGUAUUGUAACAAUUCUCGUGUUGAGUUACAGUCUUAUAAACACAUAGAUUGUGGUAAACCGAUAGCUCCUUCGAAUAGCACAGUAACAACCAAUUCCACUUUAUAUGGAUCUAACGCUACAUUCGCGUGUAAUAGAGGUUACACCUUGAACGGGAGUAUGUCAAGUACAUGUCAACGAAACGGCAGGUGGAAACUAACUGAGCAAUCCUGUAUUAUCAUAGAUUGUGCUAAAUUGCCAUCGCUGACCGAUGGGACCAUAACCUAUACGAUGGACACAACAUAUGGGUCCAUUGCAAAUCUGACAUGCAAUGUUGGAUUCAAUCUGAGAGGCGACCCGAAUUCAGCAUGUACUAUCAACGGCGUCUGGAACUCUACUGAGCAUAGAUGUAUUCCUAUAGAUUGUGGGCAUCCGCCUUCAAUAAAGAAUGGAACGGUUUAUGCCAGUAAAACCACAUUUGCAUCUGUGGCAAGAUUUACAUGCGAGGAAGGAUACAAAGUAAAUGGAAGCAAUGUGUCAGUUUGUUUAAGCAAUGGUGUUUGGAAUAACACGGACCGAGAAUGUCACAUCAUCGACUGUGGUUUAUUACCAGCGUUAAAACACGGGACUGUUUGGUAUGCGGAACAUACAAACAUAACAACAUAUAAGUCUAUUGCAAGUCUCGAAUGUAACAAAGGAUAUUAUCAUGAAGGCAGGAAUUAUUCAGAAUGCACCAGCAGUGGCAAUUGGGACAUGUAUGGGUACCAGGAUUGUGUUCCCUUAGGUGAGUUAUUUUAACCCAUUUAUGCCUAG